AUGCUGCAGCGCAACAUGGCGCAGAAAACGAGCAUUGAGAACGGGUCGCCAGUCAAGCGAGGCAGCAUCACCAAUUCUUCUUUUGAUGAGACAUUUGAUGUUCUAAACGACGACAACAGAGACGACCGUGUUUUUAGGGGAGCAGACAUUUUGCCUGAUUUCUCCGACAACGACACAGAGCCAAUAGUGCGUGAUGCCAAAAACAACGUGUUUGUGGAGGAUGGCAGUAAUUUGCUGCGCAAGCAGCACGACCAGGUGCAGAACUUGCAGGAAGAAAACCUAAAUCUACGAAUCGAGCUCCUGACUCUGAGAAAGUACCUAGAAGGCCAACCCAAGGACAAAGUCGAUAUCAUCAAUCAAAACGUUGAGCUCAGCCAGGAGAACGUGAACUUGAGAGACAGGGUGGAAGCUUUGCAACAGCAGUUGCGAGACGAAGACAAGGAGAACCUGCGAUCGCACAAUAAGAAACAACUUCGACACUAUGAGCAGGAAAUCGAGAAAUACGAGGUGCAACUUCGCGACUUUGAGCAUGUAAAACGCGAGCUGGAGGCCGAGCGUCAGCGCGCAGAAAAGAACGAGGACCGUGCACUUGAUCUGGAGCAAGAGGUGCACACAUUGAUGGACGAGAAAGACCAACUACAAGCUUCGCGUGAAAAGCUGGAAGCAGAGCUCCGAGCAUUGCAUUCGCGGUUGGAGGAUUUGCAGGACAAUAUCGACGACCAGUCGCACUCAAAGAGCAAGAUAGACGACCUAGUGGACAAUUUGAACGACGCCAAUAAAUUUAUCGACGAGAUUGGGGACAAGCUUGAGCAGAAAACAAGCGAAAACACAGAAUUGAAGCGCAAGAUUGAAAGCUUGGAAUCCAAAAACGAGGAGCUCAAGUCCAAGAACCACCGAUUGUCCGAGAUCCUGGACCAGCUAAAGGACGAGAUUCGUCAUCUGGAGGACCGCAGAUCAAACAGCACUAUACGCAAACUUGAAGACGAAAACAGAGACCUACGACAAGAGGUGGAAGAACUGUUCAACCGCCAUCAGCAAGACACCAAGACCAUCACUAAUCUACAGCUAGAGCUUCGCAAACUGGAGUCAGAGACCGCAGACCAAAUGGGCAACGAAUCGUAUAUCGAUGCCGUUGAGGAAGAGAAAAACACACUCUACGACAAUAUUAUUAAGCUGAAUGAGAAGUUGAAGGACGCUGAACACAAGUGUAAGCGUUUGCAGCGCGAGCUCGAAGCCAAAGGCAAAGACCUUGAAGACCGUGAACUAGAAUUGCAACGGCUGAGGAAACUUGAUCGCGGUAGCAGCAGGAACGAUAUGAUGGACACUGUUGAAGAAUUACAGAACAAACUUAUUCAAGAACGCAAUAAGUUUGUCAAUGAGAUCGACAAGAUGGACUCCAAGUUUGUGAGCGAGAAGAACGAGCUGUAUGACACAAUUGAAAAACUGCAACGCGAAAAGCUCGAAAUUAUCGAGGACUUCGAGAAAAUUCAACGCGAGUACAACAAUCUACUGGACAAAAUGCAUGACUCGCGCGCAAGCUCUGAGUUGCAGGAUCUCGAGCGCGACUUUAAAAAGCUAUCGUUUUCCUAUGCCACUAAAUGUCAGGAGCUGGAGGAUGUGAGGUAUGAGUCCGACUCGUUGGUGCGUGAUCUAAAAGAUGAACUUUCGUACAAAGAGGCCGAAAUGAAAAGAUUGCAGUCGCGGAUCGAGCAAAUGACCGCUGAGAUUGAUAAGCAAACCGGCCUGCACAAGUCUGAAAAUAAGCUACAGCUCCGUGAGCUCAUGGAGGAUAAGAGACUGCUCGAGGAGAAGUAUAGUGAUUGUUUGCGUGAAAACAAUCGUCUGAGACGACAGCUUGAGUCGAUAAAGGCAAGGGACGAUUUGGAGAAGCCAGAUAGCUUGGAGAUGAAGGAAUUACGCAGAGAGUGCGAUACUUUGAAAACUGAGCUUUCAAUGAAGACGAAAGAGCUGGCUGAGUUGAAUUGGAAACUGGAUGAUGCUCUUGAGGAGCGGAAACAGCUUGUGGAAUCGAUCUCCUCGCUUGAUAGCGAUCAACAGCGCGUCAGCGAAGAGAAUCUGAAACUCACCACCGAACUGGAGGACUUGAAAUAUAAAUUGAACUCGCGAGGCUUGCGAAAAGAGCUCGAACUCAAGGAUAUGGAGAUCAAGAAGCUUGUGGAUGACUACAACGAAAUGAAGAACGACUUACUGAACAGGUACGACGCGCUUCGCAAAGAAAAGAAUGCUCUUUCCCAAGAGCUAGACGAGAUGCGUGCCAAGCUCGAGCGCUCCAAGGCCGCGCAAGAAGUGCUCUUGAGCAAGCAGAUGAAGAAGACUGAAUACCCGCUUUCUCCAGUCAGUCCCCAGCGCUCGCCAAGGUCGCGUGACCACUCAUCGGACCCGCGUGUCAAUUUGCUAGAGAGCCAGAAACAGCUGUUCAAGAUCAAGUUGCAACAGUAUAAGGACUGCAAUUCUGAUCUCAAGUUUGUGGCCAACUUUCUCACGCGUGAGCUGGAGAGUAAAGAGCGCGUCGUGGCCAGUCUUCAGAAACUGGGCGGAAUCAGCAAGGAAAAACCCCAGCGGACUUUCCGCGCUGUGGCCCUGGCUGUACUUGCCAGCGUAAGGUUCAAGACUCGACUGGAGCAAUUGAAGCAAAAAAUGUUGGAGGAGCAACAUGUGAAGAAGGCAAUUGGCCGCUAUAAGGAAGAGACAGUAGAUGUAUGA